CACGAGUUCAUCUGUUCUCAUAAUCAUAACUAAUCGUCGGGUAAGAGUCGAGAGUCGAGAGGAGCGAGUUUGGUAGGUGAUGCCCGUCACACCGCGCACGCAGAAGCGAAACGCAGUCGAGACGGAACUCGAGAGCUCGAGGCCUCCCAAAAGGCGAGCCCCUAAGAGCAUCGCGUGCCAGCGUUGUCAUGCCCAUAAAGUGAAGUGUUCUGGAGGGCAGCCCUGCACGAGGUGUCGCGAUGCAGAUGGAGCACCUGCCUGCGUGUAUCCUAUCAAAGAUCGACAGAUCAAGAUUAGUAGCCAAUAUAUAGAAACGAUACUUAAAGAUAAUGAACGGCUGCGAGCAACAACAGAGACACCCCAUGGAAACCUCGCUGACGAUCCGAUUGUUGAGCCGCCUGAAAAUGCCGCCGAAACGGCUGAAGCGCAGGAGAGUGUUCGAAAUCCACUGUUGCAGGACAGACCUUGGUUUGAAUCCCUGGCCUCUCUAGAUAUGCCAAUUCACGUCACCGAAGCUGCUGAUGCUGCCUUUGCAACGCGAUUCCGACAGACCUUGGGCUCUUUUACCAAACACAUGCCACGGAUGAGCUAUGUGCCAGACGAGAACAUCAUACAGCUGUCGAACACCACUCAAUCUAUAUGGCCUUCGCCGGCACGAGCCCGGUUCUUGGUCCAGGCAGCUCUAUCAACCAUUUGCCGAUACUAUCAUAUGGUACGGAAAGAGGUGGUUUUAGAAUCGCUUGAACGCGCAAUUCAGAAUGACGGAAUCGCCGACAGGCUCACGACUAGCAAGUUGUAUGCCUUAUUUGCCUUGGGAGAAGUCUAUUCCACGAAGAUACACAAUACACAGUCUCCUUUCCCCGGUCUUACCUAUUUUGCAAUGUGUAGGAAGAUGGUCACCGUGCCAGCUGAACGCCCCCUACUCGAUACUCUGGAGAUCGUACUGCUCCUCGUCGUAUAUUCCUACGCACUAAACAGACGACAUUCUGCCUCAACCUUUGCAAGUUCUGCUGUCAAACUAGGCACGAUUCUGGGCAUGCACAUGAGCAUCCCAGACUAUCAAUUUCGCGACCGCGAUGCUAGAGAACAUCGAACCAGACUCUGGUGGACAGCAUACACGUUCGAUCGAAUCUGCUCGUCAAAACUCGGACAACCGCCGAGUAUACCUGACGAUGACGUCCUGGCUGAUCUACCAAGCGAUACCGGAAUUAGUGAGGCACGUAAGGGAGAUUUCGAAGAUGCCGAGUAUGUCAUAUAUCAAACCGAGCUUGCCAAACUAUCCACGCAGACGAUUAGCACAAUAUACAGUCGACGUAAACACCAGACGUCGUUCUCACAAAGGGUGCAGCUUGCGUUGAGGAGGCUCACUGGAUGGGUGGAGGCAUUGCCGCCACACUUACGCCUCGAGCCCGGCGUCGACAGCCCGGUAUCCCACAAUCAACUUGUACACUUACACCUGCGAUUCAAUCAAGCUGUCAUCGUGGCCACAAGGCCCGUCCUCCUCCACGUUCUCCGCCAUCACAAAGAGUCUAGGAGCUUACCCACAGGCCGGAAGCGAGACCUUCCGGACAGUGUUAUCGCGCUCGCAGGUACUUGUGUACAGUGCUCCCGGCACUCCUAUCGACUCCUGAGCGACGCGUGGCUUCACGGCUUCUUUCCCAUUUUCGACUACUUCAACACUCAAUACCUAUUCUCGGCUGCUAACUCUCUCGCCGUAUCGAGUCUUCUCGGAUGGAGUCAAAGCCGCAGCGACGGCGAGUCGUUCAACAGCGCAGCAGAGAUGUUGGAGCAAUUGGCACAGAGCGGUAGUUUCGCGGGUAAGGAGUAUAUUCAACAUAUUGACGCUAUCAAGCAGAGCAUGGCUCAAAGCUACCCAUUCGGCUCAUCAGCCGAGCCUCUUCCCACGCCCAGUGUAGCGCCGCAGGUGGGCGUGAGAAACGAGGUGUCUUCGGAAAACAGCACGAUGACCAUGACAGCUGGGAUGGCGCUUGCCGCGCCGUCGCUGCAGGAGUUCCUCGCCGCCCCGGAUCUCAAUCUGCCGCUGUUCGAGCCGUCGACUCUGGAUGGCACGCAGAUGUCUGACUGGCCGGAGCUGUGGGAUGAUGGCUGGGCUGUCUAGGUGAGAAUUCUCACGCUAUCUACGAUAAGAAUAGGAAAGAUGUCAUUUUUUGUCUCCUCACACUUCUGCAUGUGUGACAAACCACCGCGUUGACGUGGGCCAGUGAAUUGACUUCGUCUUCUCAACGUCCUUCUUGCCAUGGAUACGUUCCUCUACCCAUGUCUGCAUCGUUAGCCCAUACAUUGCGCCGCAGAGAGUCAAACUUCCAGCGACGAGGGCGAGAACAACAGCUAUCACGAGCUUAGUCCAAAUCUAACAGAAACAUUACGCACACCAACUUACCGAUAGUCGAAGACCAGCCUACUCCCACCGCCUCCAUGAGCGGAACAGCACCCGACGUCGCGCAUGCACCGGCAAUAUACUGAAGGAGAUAC